AUGGAAGUUGGAACAUGUCAUGGAGCUUGUAACUCAGUGGUUAAUAGAUCAAAUGAGGGCCACGCUUGUGCAUCAACAGUUGUGUCUGCGGACAUGGAGCCAUAUAGUCACAUAGAAUACAGUUACAUCACCAGUGAACUUGCCGAUCCCCCAAGUGAAACCAUUGAUUUAAUUGGUAAAUGUGAAAGUGGUAAAGAAAUCCACAGCCACUUCAAUGGCAAUGAUUGUGCAGGAGAGUUAAAUUACCCUCCGAUGUUGGAACUUUCACUUGAAAGAUCAUAUCCCAGUUUCUUAAAAGAUGAAGGAGCUGAAGAUACGUUAAACCACUCAAAAGCAUCUGCUUUUUCAAGUAAGGCUUUUAACAAUCAUGGAAGUCUGAACCUUUUUGGUCAAUCUGGAUGGCCUGAAGAAACCUUUCCCAACGUUCAGAUGGAUUUCACUCUGAUGCCAGAGUAA